AACGGACGAAGGAAGCAGACAAAAACAAUUGGUUUGUCAUGCUCACGAGUGCUAGAAAGAUGAUCUUGUAGGAAGGGAUACUCAACUCUCCUUAAUUCAAAGUUGCAACUCAUUUUUUCCCAACACUCCUCUCUCUCUCUCUCUCUCUCUCUCUCUCUCUCUCUCUCUCUCUCGCCAUUCUUCUCCCUUGCAUUGCUUCGUUGUGCUCAUGGAAGUUAACAAGACUACUGAUCAGGCACCUGCAAGGCCACCUGAUCAUGAUAAUACAGCAAACAACGGCCACACCCAAGGACACCAUCAUUCCCAAACAAAUAGCCACCAUGGCACUUCCCCCUCCAUUUCUGUUCUUAUAAUCAUCAUAUCCAUCACUUCCCUUGCCGUCCUUUUCGCCAUUCUACUUUUUAUCAUCAUAAUGCUCCGACGACUCAAAUCCGCUAAAACCAAAGGCUCUUGCGAGGAACACAAUGGCAUCAACAUGAACACAAACAGCAGGUUCAUUGCUCAUACCACUGUCAACUUCUAUUCUAGCCCAGAUGUGAGGGGCGGAUGUCUUUAUGGAGGGCAUAUGGGAAGGACACCUCCAUCUAAAUUCAGAGGAGUUCAAGUGUAUACAUACAAGGAGCUUGAAGUGGCCACGGAUAGAUUUAGUGAAGCGAAUAUAAUUGGGAAUGGAGGGUGUGGAGUGGUGUAUAGAGGGGUCCUAAGAGAUGGGACCGUGGCUGCAAUUAAGAUGUUGCAUAGGGAAGGAAAGCAAGGGGAGCGUGCUUUCAGGAUUGAGGUGGAUCUACUAAGCCACUUGCACUGCCCUUAUCUGGUGGAGCUACUUGGGUAUUGUGCUGACCAACACCAUAGGCUUCUAAUUUUUGAGUUCAUGCCCAAUGGCACUCUCCAACACCACCUCCACCCUUCUAACAGCCAACACAAGCAGUUGGACUGGGGGACCCGAUUGAGGAUAGCUCUAGAUUGCGCUAGGGCCCUUGAGUUCCUCCAUGAGCAGUCAAUCCCAACCCCUAUUAUCCACCGUGACUUCAAGUGCACCAAUGUUCUUAUAGACCAAAAUUUCCGUGCCAAGGUGUCGGAUUUUGGAUUGGCCAAGAUGUGCUCAGACAAAAUCACUGGUCAGAUUUCAACACGUGUGCUGGGGACCACUGGAUAUCUGGCACCAGAGUAUGCUUCCACGGGUAAGCUUACUACAAAAUCAGAUGUAUACAGCUAUGGUGUGGUACUUCUAGAGCUGCUAACUGGCCGUGUACCUGUUGAUACCAGACGGCCACCUGGAGAACAUGUUCUUGUUUCAUGGGCUCUUCCAAGGUUAUCUAACAGAGAAAAAGUUGUGGAAAUGGUUGACCCAUCUCUACAAGGCCAGUAUUCCAAAAAGGAUCUAAUUCAGAUAGCCGCUAUAGCAGCCAUGUGUGUGCAACCAGAAGCAGAGUAUCGGCCUCUAAUGACUGAUGUUGUACAGUCACUGAUCCCUCUGGUCAAAAACCUUUAUUCAAUCAAUUCUUCUGGUUCCUCCAGAUUUAUAAAUCAAGCAAGAAGUCCCAGGUGUUAGUGACUAUCUGAAGACAGUAAACUCAAGCCUUCCAGUUAUCUCCUGGGCUGGUUUAUGCAGAAUUCGAUGACAACUCUCAGACCAUUUCUCUGAAAAAUAAAGGUGCGAAGUGCGACAUUCUAAUGUCUACCUAACCAAAGAAAGUUCGUCUGAUUUCAACAAAAGCCAUAGCUGGCUAGCCUGAGGUUUCAGUAACUCAGUUUCUUUGAGGCCUGGGCCUGGCACAUUUUGUGGAACAGCGGCACCAGCACAGCAAUUGAAAAAAAAAAAAAAAUGAUGUAGAGGCACUUGCUUGUUUCAAGAA